CUUCAGAGUGUUCGCAAUGUAUUCGUUCGUUGAAAAUGAUGCAAACACUUCGCGUAUUUAUCGGAUAUUUUAUCAGGUUCGAAAUUAAAAAGUUACGCGAAUAUAUAUUGGGGCAAACUUCUUUCGUAAUUGCACCAGUUAAUUUUGCAAGUGUACUAUAAACAAAUCUAAAUAAGUAAUCUCUUAGAAUGAAUACUUCAACAAUUAUCGGAAUAUUAGUGGUUUUACAAAUUUUAAACGUGUCGUCGUCACCUUACAUAAGACAAAAUUAUAGUUCACGUGAUUGUCAUGGGUUAAUCUGCCCUGAAAACACAUUGAAGUGCGUUAAAAAUAGCGUCAUUACAGAAAACAAAGAUGCGAUGAGGUCGCUUAUAUCUUGUGUAGGUAAAAGAGGUGUUGUUUUAAUGACAAAAAGUAUUUUAGAACCAAAUGAAAGGAAAGAUGGACCAAUUCGCUUACAUGUUGUUACAACUGUUAUAGAAGUUCCUGCUAAUAUUAAUAAAAAUUAUCAUGGAAAAAAUUACUAUUAAUAUUUAUACGAUUUUAUUU